AUGUGGAGGACGGCCGUGGAGCAGCAGGCGUCGUCAGCUUGCCCACUUGGUCACUUGUCCAUCGGGCCACCGCACCGGUGUGAGGCAGCAGUGUGUGUGUUUUGGGUCCAUGAAGAAGAGCCCCAGCUUCUUCAGGACACCCAUUUCAUUGAGAUCAAAGGCAACAGGUACUCCAUUGAGCAGUCCAGCAUUGUGGGUCCAGCUUCUGUCCCUUACCCAACAUGUGUCCCUCACCCGCCGCCCACGUCCCUCACCCACGACCCGUUUCCCUCACCCGCCACUGGCGUCCCUCACCCACCACCCGUGUCCUCACCCUCCGCCUUCAUCGCUCAUCCACGGCCCAUGUCCCUCACCGCUUCCGCGUCCCUCACCCUCCAACAGCGUCCCUCACCCUCCUCCCGCGUCCCUCACCCUCCGCCCACGUCCCUCACCCUCUGCCCGUGUCCCUCACCUGCCGCCUUCACCCCUCACCCUCUGCCUGCGGCCCUCACCCGCCUCAGCGUCCCCAUCUGCCGCCUUCACUCCUCACCCUCCUCCUGCGUCCCUCACCCUCCGCCUUCAUCCCUCAACCGCCUCAGCUUCCCUCACCCUCCACCUUCACCUAUCACCCUCUGCCCGCAUCCCUCAUCCACAGCCCAUGUCCCUCACCCGCCUCAGCGUCCCUCACCUGCCUCAGCGUCCCUCACCUUCCGCCCGUGUCCUUCACCCUCCACCCACAUCCCUCACCCGCCACCCGCAUCCCUUACCCUCCACCCGCAUCCCUCACCCGCCGCCUUCACCCCUCACCCUCUGCCUGCGGCCCUCACCCUCCACCCGCGUCCCUCACCCUCUGCCCACGUCCCUCACCCACCACCUUCACCCCUCACCCUCUGCCUGCAGCCCUCACCCUCUGCCCGCGUCCCUCACCCUCUGCCCGUGUCCCUCACCCGCCACUUCACCCCUCACCCUCUGCCUUCAGCCCUCACCUUCCGCCUUCGUCCCUCACCUGCCGCCCAUGUCCUUCACCCAUGA